GUAUAACGUGGCUACUCAACAAUGUAAAAGUACAUAUUUGGCUAGCAAUAUAAUUCCGUUGGCAUUGCUGCCUUAGGGAGUCACAAUGUCUGUAUUCUCUACAUAUCUACAAGUGGCCUAAAGACUAUAUGAAAAAUUCCAUUUGGUCGGAAUAUCCCAAAAUUAACCCCCUAUUUCUCUUUUCUCUAUCCUGACCCACCUUCUCAAGUCAUUCUCGUUUCUCCUUUUUUUUAAGAGGCCAAAAGAAGGGGGAGAGUUUUCUUUUUUGAGUCAGAAGUAGGCACAACACAAAUACAUUUAAAUGUAAUGGGGAUAUAAGGAAAACUGAAAGUAAGCAAGACUGCCUGUAGACAAACUGUUAACAAAACAGAGUAAUAUAUACACCUGGACAAGCAUCAGUCCCAUGGGGAAACCCAGCAACUGUAAUUACUUCACCUACAGGCACUACACUGAGAAUUGUUUCUUUCCACUUGAGUGGAAGCAUGCUCUAUACCAGAGCAAGCUGUCAGGAGUUUUGCCUCUCUUAUACCCGAUCUGUCUUCCGAGGCUCACUUUUAUACGUGUUAUGUAAAUGAUAAUUAAUACAUGGAACACACUGACAAUAAUGAGCAGAGGUUGGAGAGUCAGAGGGAUCUAGGUUUGAUCCUGGCUUUGCCACUUGCUAAUUCAAUGGUCUUGUGCCAGGAACUUCACCUCUGGAGCCUCACCUGUUAAUCUGUAAAAUAGGGAAAAUGGGACCACAGCUUUCUGGUGGGUCAACACCUUGCCUCUGCUCCUAACCAUUUUCCACUCUUUUUUAGUAGGAACCUGCUCUAAAAUACGACUGUAUGUUGCCUUUUGCCAGAGACAUUUUAUUCCUCACCUCAAACCUUGUGAAAAGAGCUUUGAGGGGACCACUGGCCUUGGCAUUUGACAUUUGAACCAGUGCAGUUUGUAUGAACUUCAGCAAUUGGUCUGUGACCCUGACUGGAGAACAUUCAAGGUGAAGAAGUGUGGCUUGCAGGAUGUGUCCAUGGUGGGUAAGGAAAGGAAGCUGGUGAGAAAAUGCCUACACUAGAAUAUGUGGAGGCAAAGACAUCUAUGUAUUUUUUGCAGACCAAAUGUAGAGAGAGAAAGCCAGCCAUGAGCUGUCUUAAAGGGACUGUCCAAUACUACAAAGGGAGUCCCAGCUGUGAGGGACUCCUUGCAGAACUCUGAAACUGGGGCUUGCAGAAGGGACAUUAUCAGUUAAGGAGUUUUCUGAGGAUGACGGAUCUUUGAGGAGGCCUAGGUUGUGACCUACGAAAAAGGGUCAGCUUUUAAACACUUGCCAACCCACAAAAGCAGCCCUAGAAACUGAGUUUCAUACUUGGAGGAUUAAGUCCUAUAUGCUUAAAAUGGUGUAUAAUUACGCCUUCUCUGGCCACAUUUCAAUCCCUUUCUUUCUCCAGGUGUACUAAAUCUCCUCAGGUGCCUGAACUCACUUCUGGCUAGGCUGAGGUCUGGACUCGGACCUGUCUGGGGAGCAUCUGGUUUUCUGAGUAAUUCCUGUUCUGUGCAAACUGUUCGCAGGCCCAGGAGGUCAUUAGCCAAUUAAAGAUAAGACGCCCCUUAUUGGAACAGUAAGCAAAUGAAACUCACCUUAUUCAAUAAGAAUUUGUGUCUAUCUGCUGUAUUAAACACGACCAAGAUGGGAAAUUCAUGCACAGCGUAGAUCACGGUGGCUUCCAUGUUAACUGGCCUUAGCUUAAAGACUAACUUGAGUGGAAGGAGAGCAAGAGGAUAAGGUGGGGAUGGGAGAACAAGACGAUUCUGUGACAUAUCUAAGUGUGUGGCAGUAAAUGAUGAGCAAUUAAAAUGAGAAUUAAGUGCUGAGGGCCCUGACAGGACCGAAGGAUCAUCCUGUGCCUCAAGAGUUUGGGCUGAGCUUCAUACAGGAGUCUGGACUGUAAGGACUGUCCCCGGGUGGCUGUUGGAAACUGAAGCCCCUGGGAAUUCCAUGCUUAGAAAUCGGAAUGAGGACUAACUGGGGUGAGGGAUGAAGGAGGAAAAACUGGAUUGGUGGGUGGGGCUGGAUCAUGAAGAACACAAGUGCCAGGAUGAUGGAGCCAAAAUGCCCAUGGGAAGUCCAUGUAGUGAAAGAAUGAUUUUUGAGUUAGUGUCUCAGCGCAUUAAAGCUUUUUUUUUCCCCGUCCAUGCCAGAUUGUCUCAAGACAAUGGAAUUAGGGAGACAAGGACACUUUUUCACAAACACUUGGGACACAUUACUAACACAUUUUGACUUUAAAAUAAAAUCUUUAGGGGAAGCCUGGGUAGUUCAGUCAGUUAGGCAUCCAACUUCAGCUCAAGUCAUGAUCUCACAGCUCAGGAGUUUGAGCCCCUUGUGAGGCUCUGUGCUGACAGCUCAGAGCCUGGAGCCUGCUUUGGAUUGUGUGUCUCCCCCUCUCUCUGCCCCUCCCCUGCUCGCUGGCUCUCAAAAUUAAACAUACAUUUAAGAAAAUUAAAAAAAAUAAAAUCUUUACGGUUAGAUACAAUUUUGAGCACUUCAAAAGUUUUUCCUCUGUGGAGGCAAGGUGGAGACUCUUGCCUAGGUAUUGCAAGGGAGGAAUUUAGGUUACAUUUUCUGUCAGAGGAGCACAUCAGCAUAAGGUAUCCCUAAAGUAGCACUGGGGAGUAUCCAGCCACAUACCUACUCAUCCACCCACCUACUCACUAUCAUCUAUUCCACCAGCCAACAAACAUUUUUUUUUGUUUUUGUUUUUUGAGUGCCCUGCAUGUGGUGUUCCCUGCUGUGUUCCUAAGUUGCAACAAUGAAUGACAAGGUUCUCUCUAUUGUAUGUCAACGAGUUGGGGUGGGGUAAAUGGAGGAAAAAUGGCAAAACUUUGAUAACAGUCACAGCUGGGAGAUGAGUACUUGGGGGUUCAUUAUACCAAUUCUCCUGCUUUUUGGUGUCUUUGAUGAUUUUCCUAAUAAAGUUAGAUAGCUGUCCUGUUUCUCAAGAAAGGAAGUUAGAUUGAUAGAUGCCUUUAUCACAAGGGCAAGUUCAGCUUUGAAGUUACACCCAGGGUAUUAGGAAGAAAGACCCUUGGAGCAGGGUGCAGAAAGUGGUCAAGAAAUGCCUCCUGGUGGAGGGUAACUGUUCUCUACAAGUCCGCACUCACAUUGAGUAAAGACGCCCAAAACCCACAGGCCUGCCUUGACCUUAGGCUGAGCGGAGAAGGGCUACGAGAUCGGGGUCAGGAGUGAGAAACUGGCCUCUACCACAUACCAUCCCCUCAUCUACCUUUUCUUCUUUCCCUUUUGCUUCAAGUGAGCUGAGGUAAGUAGCUAUUUGGAUUUUUUUGGGCAACACGUGAGCACCCACUAUAUGCCAGGUGCUGUACCAAGGCUUUGGAUUCGAUUCCGCGUAUACCAUUUUAUAGAAGAUGGAACCAGAAGUCCGGAAAUUCCCCGAGGUGUGGGGGACGUGACACAAGCAGGCAAGAGCACUUCAGGAACCUGGUCCUUCCAACCCCAAGUCGUGGGAAACAGGUCAGAAACUUGGGAUCAGGCGGAGAUAGCUUUGUGGCUUUGAACAAGUCACCGGGCCUCACUGCGUUGACUCAAUUUCUCCAUCUACAAAAAGGGUACGGUAAAACCUUGCAAGGUUUUGCUUUUUUCUUUAAGGAUCAGAGACCUUUAAACUGUCAAGAUCCUGGCACGAAGGGAGGGCUCCAUAAAUGGCAGCCAUCAUUCUUGGACAAGUGCCGGCACAUCCUCCGGGCACGCCUCCCGCGGGGUCCCUCGGGACCGGCCGGGCCCGCCCCCGCGGCUCCGGUCUCGCAGUGCUCGCGGCAGGUGGCCCAGCAUCUCCGUGCCCACGCCCCGAAGCGAGUGGGGAGCGCGGGCGGGUUGGAUGACCAAGGUCUCCCCUGGAGGAUCGCCUCCCUCCCUCCACACGCCCGGCGCAGGUGAGGUUUCCGGCCCAGGCCACGGGGACAGCGACCCCGGGGAGAGGUCGUGGCGGACCGCGCGGCCCACGGCCGGGAGAGGGGUCCUGCGGGCACCCCCUCCCUAGCCCAGUUUCACCCCAGGACCAACCCCGGCUCCGGGGCCCGCGGGCUGCGCGCUCUGCGGCUGCGAAAACCCGGAGAGGCGGAUCGGAGCGCGCUCGCAGCCAACUCCUCCGCGGUCCGGCCGCCGAGCUGGGCAUGCUCAGUGCGGCCGCCGCGCCGCCGUCCGCCAACUCGGAAGCUCGCGCUCCCGGGCCGUGGGGGCGAGAACGCCGGCGGCGGCGAGCCGGCGUCGCCCGCCGCCCCCAGACAGUGGCAAACUUCGCGGCGUCCCCGGAGCUCGCCAGGACGAGACUGGUAUCUCACAAAUAAAAACCAGUCCAGUUCCCCCAUCCCAGCCCGAAUCAUGGAGGCUGUGGCCGCCGGAGUGCCGCCGCCGCCGCCGGCCCCUGCCCACUAGCCGGGGACCAACAGCGCCACAGCGAGCGAGCGAGCGAGGAGGGGGAGAGAGGGAGUCUGUCUGCAAAGUGCUGCUCCCUGGUGCUCAGAGGCGGCUGCUCCAGCUCCAACUCUCAUUCAUUUCGCCGGUUAACAUGAGAGAUCAUGGCCGCCUUCGGGCUUCUCAGCUAUGAGCAGAGACCGCUGAAACGCCCCCGGCUCGGGCCGCCCGACGUCUACCCGCAGGACCCCAAGCAGAAGGAGGAUGAACUUACUGCUGUGAAUGUGAAACAAGGCUUCAACAAUCAGCCAGCCUUUACUGGAGAUGAACAUGGCUCAGCCAGAAAUAUUGUAAUUAACCCAUCAAAGUUCGGUUACUACGAAAUGCCACAGUCGUUCACAGAAGCUCCCUUUGCUACUUUAUUCUAUUCAGAGCAGAUUGCAGCUUAUUUCAGCAGCAUAUUAGCUGAGAAACUAAAGCUUAACACUUUCCAGGACACCGGAAAGAAGAAACCACAAGUUAAUGCUAAAGAUAAUUACUGGCUGGUUACUGCUCGAUCCCAGAGUGCAAUUCAUAGUUGGUUCUCUGACUUAGCAGGAAAUAAACCACUUGCUAUUUUGGCAAAAAAGGAGCUGCCUCUGGCCAAGUCAGGUGUUCCUCAGGUUCCAAUCCUUAGUAAAAAAGAAGAUGUUUUUGCAUAUUUAGCUAAAUAUUCAGUGCCAAUGGUUCGAGCCACGUGGCUGAUCAAGAUGACGUGUGCCUAUUAUUCUGCUAUUUCUGAAGCUAAAAUUAAGAAACGUCAGGCUACUGAUCCUAAUUUGGAGUGGACACAAAUAUCUACCAGAUAUCUUCGAGAGCAGCUGGCCAAGAUUUCUGACUUUUACCACAUGGCUUCCAGCACAAGUGAUGGUCCUGUCCCAGUGCCACCAGAUGUGGAGCAAGCCAUGAAGCAAUGGGAAUACAACGAAAAGUUGGCAUUUCACAUGUUCCAGGAAGGAAUGCUAGAAAAACAUGAAUAUUUGACAUGGAUCUUGGAUGUGUUAGAGAAGAUCAGACCGAUGGAUGAUGACCUUCUUAAACUCUUGCUACCACUCAUGCUGCAGUAUUCGGACGAGUUUGUUCAGUCGGCUUACCUGUCUCGUCGUCUUGCCUACUUUUGUGCCCGGCGUCUUGCCUUGCUGCUGAGCGAUAGCCCCAGCCUUCUUGCUGCCCACUCGCCCCACAUGAUGAUAGGACCAAACAACUCAAGCAUCGGGGCCCCCAGCCCUGGCCCCCCUGGCCCCGUCAUGAGUCCCGUGCAGCUGGCCUUCUCAGACUUCCUCUCCUGUGCACAGCAUGGCCCCCUGGUUUAUGGACUUAGUUGUAUGUUGCAGACUGUCACUCUCUGUUGCCCAAGUGCCUUGGUGUGGAAUUAUUCCACAAACGACAAUAAGAGCGCGAACCCAGGCUCGCCCCUGGAUCUGCUGCAGGUGGCCCCCUCCAGUCUCCCCAUGCCGGGUGGGAACACAGCUUUCAAUCAGCAGGUUCGGGCAAGGAUUUAUGAGGUAGAACAGCAGAUAAAACAAAGAGGCCGUGCAGUGGAAGUUCGGUGGUCUUUUGACAAGUGCCAAGAGUCAACAGCAGGGGUGACCAUUAGUCGGGUUUUGCACACGUUGGAAGUGUUGGAUCGACAUUGUUUUGACCGAACUGAUUCCAGCAAUUCAAUGGAGACGCUUUAUCAUAAGAUUUUCUGGGCAAACCAAAACAAAGAUAACCAAGAGGUCGCCCCCAACGAUGAAGCUGUGGUGACCUUGCUGUGUGAAUGGGCGGUGAGCUGCAAACGGUCAGGCAAGCACAGGGCCAUGGCUGUGGCAAAACUCUUGGAGAAGAGGCAGGCGGAAAUCGAAGCAGAGAGAUGUGGUGAAUCAGAGGUCUUGGAUGAGAAGGAGUCCAUUUCUUCAGCCUCUCUUGCUGGAUCUAGUUUGCCUGUUUUCCAGAAUGUGCUACUAAGGUUUUUAGAUACACAGGCCCCCUCAUUAUCGGAUCCAAACAGUGAAUGUGAAAAAGUAGAAUUUGUGAAUUUGGUGCUGCUCUUCUGUGAGUUCAUCCGACACGAUGUCUUCUCCCAUGAUGCGUACAUGUGUACCCUCAUAUCUCGGGGAGACUUGUCAGUCAGCGCCUCGACUCGGCCGCGAUCGCCAGCAGGAGAAAAUGUAGAUGAGCACUAUCCAAAGGACCAUGACAUGAAAAUGGAGGAACAGACUAUUAUGGCGCAUAUGGGCAUUGACUCAGGAACUACUAAUAUUUUUGAUGAAGUAGACAAGAAUGACUUUAAAACUGACUUUGGUUCGGAGUUUCCAAUUUUUUCUCCCAUGCCUGGAGAAUCCUGUGAGAAUGCCAACCCUUCCUUGGGCAGAAGAAUGUCGGUUAAUGGUGAGAAGUUGCUUAAGAGAGAAAAACCCAGGGAGUUGAUUUUUCCAUCUAAUUAUGACCUUCUGCGGCACCUGCAGUAUGCAACACAUUUCCCCAUACCUCUGGAUGAAUCUUCAAGUCAUGAAUGUAACCAGCGCACAAUCCUGCUUUAUGGAGUGGGCAAAGAGCGUGACGAAGCGAAGCAUCAGCUGAAGAAGAUUACCAAAGAUAUUUUGAAAAUCCUAAAUAAGAAGAGCACCACAGAGACAGGGGUUGGAGAUGAAGGACAAAAAACCAGGAAGAACAAACAGGAAGCAUUUCCAACUCUGGAGACUGUGUUCACAAAACUUCAGCUCCUUUCAUAUUUUGAUCAGCAUCAAGUGACAUCUCAGAUCUCCAAUAAUGUGCUGGAACAAAUCACAAGCUUCGCUUCAGGAACAUCCUAUCAUCUCCCUUUGGCUCACCAUAUUCAACUCAUCUUUGAUCUUAUGGAGCCAGCGCUGAACAUCAAUGGACUAAUUGACUUCGCAAUACAGCUGCUAAAUGAACUGAGUGUUGUGGAAGCCGAACUGCUCCUGAAAUCCUCCAGCCUGGCAGGAAGUUACACGACGGGACUGUGUGUGUGCAUUGUGGCUGUUCUCAGGCGGUACCAUAGUUGUCUGAUCCUGAAUCCUGAUCAGACAGCCCAGGUGUUUGAAGGGUUGUGUGGUGUGGUAAAGCAUGUUGUGAACCCCUCAGAAUGUUCUUCCCCCGAGAGAUGCAUCUUAGCCUACCUCUACGAUCUCUAUGUGUCAUGUAGCCACCUCAGAAGUAAAUUUGGAGACCUCUUCAGUAGUGCCUGUUCAAAAGUUAAGCAAACCAUAUAUAAUAAUGUGAUGCCUGCAAAUUCUAACUUGAGAUGGGAUCCGGACUUCAUGAUGGAUUUUAUUGAGAAUCCUUCAGCUCGUAGCAUCAAUUACUCAAUGCUGGGCAAGAUCCUUAGUGACAAUGCAGCCAAUCGCUACAGCUUCGUCUGUAACACGCUCAUGAAUGUAUGUAUGGGCCAUCAGGAUGCUGGAAGGAUUAACGACAUAGCCAAUUUCUCCUCUGAGCUGACAGCUUGCUGCACUGUUCUUAGUUCAGAAUGGCUGGGAGUUCUGAAGGCUCUUUGUUGUUCUUCAAAUCAUGUGUGGGGGUUUAAUGAUGUACUUUGCACUGUAGAUGUGAGUGACCUUUCAUUCCAUGAUUCAUUAGCUACUUUCAUUGCUAUUCUGAUAGCACGACAGUGUUUCUCCCUGGAGGACGUCGUGCAGCACGUCGCACUUCCCUCUCUCCUAGCAGCAGCUUGUGGAGAUGCAGAUGCUGAGCCGGGGGCGAGAAUGACAUGCCGACUCCUGCUUCAUCUCUUCCGAGCUCCCCAGGCCUGCUUGUUACCUCAAGCAACCGGUGAGCCGACAGCUAUAAAAUCCCCAACUGCAUGUUCAUUUGGAGGCAAACCUUUCCCUGGAAUAAGAUCAUCUUGUGAUAGACACCUCUUAGCCGCCGCUCACAAUAGCAUUGAAGUGGGAGCCGUGUUUGCUGUCUUAAAAGCAAUUAUGAUGCUUGGAGAUGCCAAAAUUGGCAAUAACAAUGUCAGCUCUUUAAAGAAUGAUGACUUCACCAUGAGAGGUUUACGGCGUGAUGGGAAUGCUGAUGAUAUCUGGACUGCUUCACAAAAUUCAAAAUCCUGUGGGAAAAGCAUUUCCAUAGAAACUGCCAAUUUAAGAGAAUAUGCUAGAUAUGUACUGAGGACUAUCUGUCAACAGGAAUGGGUAGGAGAACAUUGCCUAAAAGAACCUGAAAGAUUGUGCACAGACAAAGAGCUUAUAUUGGACCCUGUGCUUUCAAAUAUGCAAGCACAGAAAUUAUUGCAGCUUAUUUGUUAUCCUCAUGGUAUUAAAGAAUGUACGGAGGGCGACAAUCUGCAGAGACAGCACAUUAAGCGCAUUCUUCAGAAUCUUGAGCAGUGGACGCUGAGGCAGUCCUGGCUAGAACUUCAGUUAAUGAUCAAACAGUGCUUGAAGGACCCUGGCUCUGGUUCAGUGGCUGAGAUGAACAACUUACUGGACAAUAUUGCAAAGGCAACAAUAGAGGUAUUCCAGCAGUCUGCCGACUUGAACAAUAAUUCUUCUAAUUCUGGAAUGGGCCUCUUCAACCCAAAUGGGAUUGCAACUACUGAUGCUGGUAGCACAAGGCAGAAUGGAAUAAAGACAUUUCUAAGUUCCUCUGAACGCAGGGGUGUAUGGCUGGUGGCCCCCCUAAUUGCCAGGCUGCCGACCUCUGUGCAAGGAAGAGUAUUGAAAGCUGCAGGAGAGGAACUGGAGAAGGGACAGCACUUGGGCUCUUCUUCAAAAAAGGAAAGAGACAGACAAAAACAGAAAAGUAUGUCUCUUUUGAGUCAACAACCUUUCCUCUCACUGGUCCUUACCUGCCUUAAGGGACAAGAUGAACAACGGGAAGGCCUCCUAACAUCUCUUCAGAAUCAGGUUAAUCAGAUUUUAAGUAAUUGGAGAGAAGAACGAUACCAGGAUGACAUAAAAGCACGGCAGAUGAUGCAUGAAGCAUUGCAACUUCGCCUAAAUUUGGUAGGAGGAAUGUUUGACACGGUGCAGAGGAGCACCCAGUGGACAACAGACUGGGCCCUCCUCCUGCUUCAGAUCAUAACUUCUGGAACUGUUGACAUGCACACUAACAAUGAAUUAUUCACAACAGUUCUUGACAUGCUGGGUGUGUUAAUCAAUGGAACAUUAGCCUCAGACCUAUCAAAUGCAUCCCCCGGGGGAUCUGAAGAGAACAAACGUGCAUACAUGAAUUUAGUAAAGAAACUGAAGAAAGAGCUAGGAGACAAGAGAUCAGAAAGUAUUGACAAAGUUCGACAGUUGCUACCUUUGCCAAAACAGACAUGUGAUGUCAUUACUUGUGAACCUAUGGGUUCCUUGAUUGACACAAAGGGAAACAAAAUUGCUGGAUUCGACUCCAUAGAUAAAAAACAGGGUCUUCAGGUGUCUACAAAGCAGAAGGUGUCCCCAUGGGAUUUGUUUGAGGGUCAGAAGAACCCAGCUCCUCUGUCUUGGGCCUGGUUCGGGACUGUCCGAGUGGACCGAAAGGUGAUCAAGUACGAGGAGCAGCAUCACCUGCUGUUGUAUCACACACACCCCAUGCCCAAGCCCCGAAGUUACUACCUCGAACCGCUGCCCCUGCCUCCGGAGGAGGAAGAGGAGGAGCCCACAUCUCCCAUCUCUCAGGAACCAGAGCGGAAAUCAGCUGAGCUGUCAGAUCAGGGAAAAACUGCAACAGAUGAAGAGAAGAAAACAAAGGGAAGGAAGCGCAAGACGAAAUCAAGCUCAAGAGUUGACGAGUAUCCACAGAGCAACAUAUACCGAGUGCCUCCUAACUACUCACCCAUUUCCUCCCAGAUGAUGCACCAUCCGCAGUCCACCUUAUGGGGCUAUAACCUCAUGGGUCAGCCCCAGCAGCCGGGUUUUUUCCUUCAGAACCAAUCUCUUACUCCAGGUGGUUCUAGGUUGGACCCCACGGGCUCCUUCGUCCCAACGAAUACCAAACAAGCUCUGUCCAACAUGCUGCAGCGGCGCUCGGGGGCCAUGAUGCAGCCGCCGCCCCUCCACGCCAUCACAUCGCAGCAGCAGCUGAUACAGAUGAAGCUUCUGCAGCAGCAGCAGCAGCAGCGGCUUCUCCGGCAAGCCCAGGCUCGACCUUUCCAGCAGGACUUCUGUAACUCUGCUGUCUCCCUUCUGGAAGACUUUGACAACAUAAUGGGCCCGCCAGGGGACCAGGCUGCUCUCUUUGCUGCACAAGCACGGCCCUCCCCUCAGCUCCCCCAGUAUCCAGGGCUGCAGCAAGCACAGACCAUGCCCCAGGGCUAUACGAUGUAUGGAACGCAGAUGCCUUUGCAGCAGACCCCUCAGCAGCAGGCUGGUGGCGUGGUCCUCUCUCCUAGCUAUAACUCCAGGACCUAUCCGGCCACACAUUCCAACCCGGCGCUAAUGGAAAGACUCAGACAGAUGCAGCAGCAGCCCAGUGGCUAUGUUCAGCAGCAGGCGUCACCGUACCUGCAGCCCUUGACCAGCUCUCAGAGACUAAAUCAUCAGUCGCUUCAGCAGAGCCCUCUGGUAGGUGGAGGAAUCGAUGCAGUGCUCACUCCCACGCAUCCAAGCCUCCCCUCGGUGCCCCUGCCUCAGGACCCAAUGAGAACCAGACAGCCGCAGGUUCGACAGCAGCAGAGACUCCUCCAGAUGCAGCAGCCCCCCCAGCCCCAGCAGCCCCCGCAGCCCCAGAGUCAGACCCUUGGUCUCCAAGCGAUGCAGCCCCAGCAGCCUUUGUUUCCCAGGCAAGGCUUGCAGCAGACCCAGCAGCAGCAACAGACGGCCGCCCUGGUGCGGCAGCUCCAGAAGCAGCUUUCUAGUAACCAGCCACAGCAAGGAGUGACUCCCUAUGGGCAUCCAUCACACUUCUGAAUCUGGAAGAGGACAAGACCUAAAGUUUUAUGUUUGCACUGAAAAAUAGAAAAUCAAAUUUAAUGCAUCAGUCAUCUUUAGAAAUGUCCCUAUGUUCUUUUCUUUCUUUGAAGUUUUUCUAUAUUUUGUGCUACAUUUCAUAUAGAGGCAUUUAAACAAAGAGAAAAGGAGGAGGUGUGGUUUGGGGUUUUUUUUUUUUUGUUACUUUCAACUUUAAAGUAGUUAUAAAAAUGUGGAUCCUGCAGGCCUAUUCAAGGAAGAGCUUGGUAGCAGAUCUUUUGAAAUUGGUGCUUUUUUUUUUUUUUAAUCUCCUAGAAUGAAUUAUGGUGGAUUUAAAAUAUUCAUGUAUUCAUUAAUGAUGAAGGGUUUUUUUGUAGUUUGUUUUGUUUUGUUUUUUUCCCAAACUGCUGGACCAAACUACUGAUUUGAAAGGCAUGUCCAAUCUUGACAGGAGAGUAAUCCAUUUAUUCUACUUUCACCUGUGAUGGUGAAAUGGACAUCUAUUUGCAUUGCUCUAAUUUGAAAUGUUUGUAAUUUCAUAAGCACUUUAUAAACUUCGUUCUUAUUUAUGUAGGAUUUUUCUUUGCUUUUGUUGUGGUCAAAAGGUGCUGAAACAGAUUGUUGCUUAGGACUUAAAUUUCUUAGAUCAAGAACUUAAACCCAGGCUUCUGUGAGAGCCACCCUAAGAUCUGUGGAAGCCUAUUAGAAGUAGCUGUACUCGAGUUUGUUUUCAGUUACAAGAUCAUUGACCAGAGUCUUUGUGAAGGUACAACAUGUAAAAUUCUAAAGGCCCGAACAAGCCACAGUGGAAUUGUUCCCAUUAUUUAUUGCCAGAUUUGGCAAAAAGGACACUUGGUUCUCCUGAACCUUAUGCCAACUUGAAAACAAACAGUCUUGCCGCUGGCCUGAGAUUCCACAGCGCUCAAACUUGAUGUGGUUUCCAGAGAAUCUGGCCCCCAAGUCCAGAAGGCUCUGGUUUUCAUAAAGGUGUAUUUGCUGUUUAUUUUGUAUGGUAAGUAUUUGCUAUUUUGAAUUUAACUAUUAAUGUUGGUGUCAGUCUUGGUUGUGUAUUGCAUAUACUGUAUUUAUAAAUUGGUGCAAAAAGCACAAGUAAAUUAUACAUCAAAUUUAUUAUAAAGAAAUAGUAACUAUUUUAACUUUGUUCAAGUAUGUGGUAAUUUGCUCCUAUUAGAGUAAAAAAUACAGUAAAUUAUUAUCAGUUUGUGUAACUUAAGAGUAUUCCAUAUAAUAUUUUUUUAGAUUUAGAUGCAUAAAAUUUUGAAUGUGAAAAUUGCAGGGCAUUUUAAAACAUGUGGGGGAUAUUUUCCCAUGUUUUGUGUUAAUUCAUUUUCUUUUGCCAUAUGAUUUUACAUGUAAUGUAGUUGAGCAUACUGUGAAUAGACUUGUCUAUAAUGAGCAAACCACGUAGAACUACUUUUUUAAAACGUAGCUAGAACAACUUUAGAGCGUUUCUUUUGCAGAUCAUUAUAUAAAUAAUUUAUAUCUUCCUAGGUGAGUUACUCAUUGCAAAGUUUGACUCAUGCAAACGACCUCAAAUACAUGUCCGCUUACUUUGCUGUGGCAGCACCCAUGUGAACUGCUUUGUACACUGUGAAAUAAUUCACUCCAGCCUGCUCAUUUCAUGUUUACUCUGGGCUGGAAAAGACUUUGCCAAAACAUUAAAGACCAUUCUUUUCACUAAAUUAACAUAUUCUAUCUGCUUUCGGAAGACAGAUCUUUACAUUUCAACUGGUUUUGUAUAUCAGGUUUUGGGGGUUUUGUGCUUUUUUUUUUUUUCCUCUUGAGAAUCAUACUUAGAUUUCAUGAAGUUAUUUUUCUUCAAAGUAAUAUAUCCAUAUAAUAAUUGCCUUGGCAAAACAACCGAAAUGUGAAUGUUGUGCCUAGUGAGUGAGUCAUGUUCCGUCCUGAUUUUCUUUUCAAGAAUUAUUGGUAUUUAAAAUGCCAAUUUUCAGUUUGAACCAUAUAUUUUUAUAGUUCAGUAUCGCAAACAGCAGUAAUAUUGUUUCAAGAAUGAGUGUUAUAAUUGCAUAGCAUUUGUAUGCACUUUAUGGUUUGCAUAAGUUAGUGAAAUUAAUUUAUUAAUAAUCAUUUUGCACAUGAAAGCUGUGGGGUAUACCUUUUUUCUUGUUGCGUCCUUUUCUUUUCAGGUGACAAAGCUAAGUUAUGGUGUAAUUCAGAUUCUAUAGAAGGUUGAGGAAAAACCUGGUUUACCCCUGUGCAUUAUAAAGAGAGCAACUGGAAUUUUUAAUCUAGUCUUAGCAUAUUUCCUUCCACUUAAUCCUAUAUCCUAAGAGGUUUCUUUUUUUUUUUUUUUUUU